AUGUGCUCUGGAUCUCAGACCCAGUUCAGUUGUCCAGGAAUACUGGCAGCUCUCAGCAGCUGGCAGGGUGUGGCAUCAACAGGGCCAGCAGCUCUCAGGGGCUGUGGCAGCUGGGCCAGCAGUUUGCAGCAGGGUCAGCAGCUCCCAUUGGGCCCAGUGACUGCUGUAGCAUGUCUCCGUAUUCUUGGUGACCAUGGUGGCGGCAGCGAGUCCAGCAGCAGCAGCAGUGGGGCCGGUGGAUCUCUACUGAGGCGAAGCCUGCAGUGCCAACACCUCGUGGCUGCAACAGGGCCCACAGAGGCUGUGGCCCUCUGCUGCUGGUGGGACACAUGGGGGCGGCAGCCCUCGGCCGAUGGCAGGACUGCAGGCUCGCAGCUAUGGCUGCAGAGGCAGAGGGGCCUGGCUGGAGAGUGUCUGAGCACAGAUACAAAUGUCACAGCCUGGGGGACCAGACUCACACCAAUGAAUGGAAGUGACCAGUCCCUUCACAAACGUGAUACAGAGAUCCUAAUCCUGGAAUUACUGAUACUCAUCAUUGCCCUGGCUGGGCUGGCAGGAAACAUGGUGGUGCUCUGGCUCCUGGGCUUCCACAUGCAGAUGAAAGCCUUCUCCAUCCACAUCCUCAAACCAGCAGGAGCUGACUUCCUCUUACUCGGCUGUGAGAUUAUGCAUUCCCUGUGUACACUCCUCCACUUCUAUUCCAACACCAUUAACAUCUGCAACAUUGUCUUCACUGUGUCAGUCUUUGCCUACAUCUCAGGCCUGAGCCUUCUCAGCGCCAUUAGCACAGAGCGCUGCCUGUCAGUCCUGAGGCCCAUCUGGUACCGCUGCCGCCGCCCCAGACACACAUUAGCCAUCAUGUGUGCCCAGCUCUAGGCCAUGUCCCUGCUGCUGAGCAUCCUGGAUAAAAGUGUCUCUAUCUUCAUGAUGAAUUUUCACACCCUCAUGAUUUGGGUAUCUGAUUACAUCACUAUCACAUGGCUGAUUUUGUUAUUUGUGCUUGCCUCUGGGUCCAGCCUGACCCUGAUGACCAGACUGCUGUGUGGCUCCCAGUGAGUGCAAGUUACCAGGCUGUAUGUGACCCUCCUGCUCACAGUGCUGGUUUUCCUCUUCUGUGGCCUGCCCUUCGGCAUCUGCUGGUCCCUCUUAAUCUGGUUACAAAAAAGUUACAAUGCCAUCUUUCAUCUUUACCUGAUUGCAGUUCCCCUGUCCUGUGUCAACAGCUAUGCCAACCCCGUCAUUUACUACUUUGUUGGUUCCUUUAGGCAGCGAUGGUGGAAGGGGAGACAGACCCUGAGGCUAGUUCUGCAGAGGGCUCUGCAGGACACUCCUGAGGUGGAGGAACAUGGAGAAAGCCUUCUUCAGGGAACCCUGGAGACGUCAGGAAGCAGAGUGGGACAGUGA